AUGUCACCACCGCAGCUUUCCCCCGCAAUCCAAACCAUCUCCAACGUCCGUCUACACACCAACAGUCCCAAUCCAACAACAUACGACCUCACCAUCUCCGGUGAACAUGCCUUCAGCUCCGUAGUUCCUCACUCUCAAUCGAACACUUCCCCAAACAAAUCGCAUCCGCCUCUGGCCCUCCCGGCCCUCACCCACCCCCACAUCCACCUCGACAAAGCCUACAUCCACAACUCCACCACCAUCCAUCCUCAGACAGGCUCCUUCCAAGAAGCUCUGAGUCUAACCGCCCAAGCCAAAGCCAACUUCACCGAGCCCGACCUCCACCGCCGCGGCGAAUGGCUCUUAUCCGAAUCCAUCCUCAACGGCGUAACCGCCCUGCGCGCCUUCAUCGAGAUCGACACCACAGUCCAGCAUAAAUGCCUCACCACCGGAAUCCAACUAAAAUACUCAUGGCGCAACCACUGCCACAUCCAACUCGUAGCAUUUGCCCAAGACCCGCUCUUCUCCGGCCCUCACGCUCAAGCCAACCGCGACCUCAUGCACUCCGCCUUGACAGAACAUGGGGCCCAACUCGAUGUCAUCGGCGUCACGCCCUACGUGGAAGCCGAUCUGGAGACGGCGAAACAAAACAUCCGAUGGGCCAUCACCACCGCCUGGGACAUGGACAAACAUGUCGAUUUCCACCUCGAUUACCACCUCGAUCCGUCCAAGGGCGCCUUGGUCUGGUUCGUCCUGCAAUGCUUACGGGACGUAGGGUGGACCAAAUCCAAGACUAGAAAGAGGGUCAUGUUGGGCCAUUGUACUCGGUUCACCCUGUUCGGGGACGACGAGUGGAAACGACUAACGACGCAGAUCGGCACCGGUGACCAUGCUUUGCCCGUUAGUUUUGUGGGACUGCCCACGAGUGAUUUGUAUAUGGCUUCGCCUCCUGCUCCUGUUUCUCCUUCUGUUUCUUGUUGUGAUUCUGUUUCUCCUGGUUCUGGUCCUAGUUGUCAUUCCAAACACGGCGAUAGAGUCCGCGGCACGUUACGAGUCCCCGAGCUCAUCAGACGAUAUGGUCUCGACGUGGUCCUGGGAGUGAAUAACGUCGGCAACGCAUUCACGCCGUGGGGAUCUGUUGAUCCACUCGGAAUGGCCUGUUUGGGGGUUGGUGUUUACCAGGCCGGGACGGUGGAAGAUGCCGAGUUAUUGUAUGAGUGUGUUUCGACGCGAGCUAGGGCUGCGAUGGGGUUGGAGGACGAGGAGAAGGAGGAUAAGGAAGAUACUGCGGUGUGUAUUCGGGCUGGGGGGAGGCCGGAUCUACUGUUGUUUUUUGAUGUGGAUGAGUCCGGGGGUGGGGUUGUGAGGCCGCGGAGGAGUGUCGCGGAGGUGGUUUGGGAUCCGCCGGCUCGAAUGGCCAGGGCGGUCGUUUCUGGGGGGAGAUUGGUGCGUGCGAGGGGGCGGUUGUGGGACGAGAGCGUUGUUGGGUUUCUGUAG